CCGUCUCCGCUCGGCGUCUCGAGUGCGGUGGCGACGUCCGUGGCUUCCUCGCUGUGAAUCUUCUCUGCGCUGCUUGUUCUCGAGCAUUGGGGCGAAAUUGAGGCAUCUAGUUUAAAUUUCCGCUUGGUUAAUCUGCAAUUCCCCACCCAUCUGUGAGUACUUCGAUCCCAGCUGCCUUCCUGGGGUGACUGAAUCUCGUGAUGCCUUCGGCUGCCGUGGAGGAUCUGAGCGCUGUCAUGGACAUCUUCGUGCGCGAGUUCUGUGCCAACUGUGAAGGAGGCGCGGGGAGUGUCUGCAUGAGAAAGCACGUGCUGCAGAAUCUACUCGUGAAGCACAUGCGGCCCUACCUGGCGGGUGCGUGUGACCCGGAUGAAGUGCGCAAGAUCAUGGCGGAUCUUCACAAGAACCAAGGCGCCAGCGUGGACUUCCAAGCGUUCAUGGUCACGUGGACGAGGAUCCUCGUGGCUGGCCAUGCCCCGUUCCAGGAGCGCGUGUUCCUCACGAGGGGGCCCUUUGGCCCGCCCAUUUCUGCUGAUAAGCCAAAAUAAAUUUCUAUAAAAUGAGAUGACUAAUAAAAUUGCUUGCAAACUGUC